AUGUUGGAGGAGUUUCUUUGCGUAACGCAUCAACUGCAAGGGAUCCGCGAGGUGGUCCUCCGUCUUCGUGGUUUGGGGAUCUUAGUGGAGGUAGAGUGUGGCAUUUCGGCUCCUCCUUCAGAUGUGGUGCUCUGGUCUUUGCUCUGGGAGGUCGUGGCUGAAGUUUCCGUCAGAUCUGAACGGUGUGGUGGUUCGGAGGCUUUGAGGACGAGUUUCCGCCGUCGAUUUGUUCAAGGAGGUGGGGUUUUCGGCUGCUUUGAUCUCGUCAGGGCAGCGACGGCGUGGUCUCCGGUGUACCGGAGAGUGGCUCAUUCCGUCGUCUCUCUCGUUCCUUUCUCGCCGGCGGCUGUUGUUGGGCGGUGGUCGACAGUGGUGGGAUCUCACAGUGACGACUGUGGUUUCUCUGCUCAGAUUUGGCCUUCCGUGUGGCUCCUUUCAGCUUCUGCUGGUUCCUUUUGCUUCUCGGAGGCGGCAGCUCCGUUUUUCAGUCUCUACUCGCCCUGUGGGAGACUAUUCUUGUGGCUUCAAAGCUUGAGUUUGGUGGCUAGAGGCGGCUUCUCUAGCUUCCUCGGAGAAGCUGCAGGUACCGCUACUAAUGAGGUUUUGAGGACUGGCCUUGUGUGCGGUUGCUCACGGCAACAACGAUGGGGAUUCCAGGUUUUAGGAUCUGCGGCAAAAGCGCAAUUUUCCAAGCUUUGGUUUGGAAUCGGUGUUCCUCAUUGGUAA